GCAGUCCGGCACGACGCGUUGUCCCGAAUGCACGUCGAACCAUCGAUUUCCGCGUGUCGAGGCCACGUGAUCGGUAAACCAACGGAGCUUCAUACUGGAGAACGAAUUUGGUGUCGCGUCGGGUUUGAAAGAUCUUCUUUGAUUAUAUAUAAUUCUUCUUCUUUUCUUCUCUUUCAAUUUUUUCUUUUCUCUUUUUUUUAUUUUUAAUUAUUCGACUCGAGUGUAAUUAAAGGGUAAUUGAAAGGGAAGAGAAAUAUCGAUAAAAAGUGAUUAAUAUCUGGAUCGAGGAAGAAGUUGAAUAUAUAUCUUUUCAUUGGAUCGAGGAUUUACGAGUGAAUGGGAGUGGCCAACAUUCCGGAUCAGAAAGAUCAUCGUACGAUAGAUGACGAUGAUGAUGACGACAAUGUCAACGACGAUAAUGAUGAUAACGUUGAUGACAACGAUUAUAUUGACAAAGAUAACGAUUAUGACGAUUCGAACGUUUUAAAUUGAAUCAACGAAAGAAUGGAAGUUGGCAAGGGUUCGGUCAAAGAGGAUUUUGUUACGGUGGUGAGCGUUGGUAGUCAAUUGGCCAAUGAAAAUUUUGUUACGGUAUUAUCGAUCGGUAAUACUCAUGGAAAAAGGGAUGACGAAAUUUUAUCAACGUCUGUAUCAACGCCAACCCCAUUAUCGCCAACGUUAUCGUCAUCGUCAUCCUCAUCAACGACGGCAACGAUUACGACUACGAGUACAACAGCGACUAUUGCAACAACGACGACAACUACAACGACAACAACGUCAAAACUGAUUAAUGGUAUCGCGGAAUAUCAUUUGGAAGAAGAAGUCGAAGUGUACAGGCUACCGGGUGAACGACUUGGCUUUGGAUUGAAAUUCGAAGGUGGUAACAAGACGUCCGAGCGCGUUAGAAGAUUAUUUGUACAAAGUUGUGCCGAACAGAGUCCUGCCAGUAGGGCUAAGUGUUCUUGGGGUUCUUUGGGCGAGGGUGACGAGGUAUUAUCGAUCGACGGUGUACCAGUGACACACAUGACUCGCCUGGAUUGCGUGAGAAGAUUGAAGGAAUCUCAAUUGGUGAUUAGGUUGAUGGUUAGGUGUCGUGGUGCACUUAGACCGGAAGUCGUUAGUGCGGAGAGAAAGGCAGCGGCUGCUGCAGCAGCAGCAGCAGCAGCAGCAGCAGCAGUGGCAGCAGGAGUAGGAGUAGGAGUAGGAACAGGAACAGGAACAGGAACAGUAGCAGCAACAACAACGACGAUAACAACAACGGUUAUCAGCGAUAGAAAGAGCAAAGUACCACCGGAAUUACCGGCUUUGCCACCACCGGUUCCACCCCCGGUACCACCAAGAAAAUUGAGACAAACCCGUGGCUUAGCCGACGGCGAAGCUAAUCCAAGUCCGGUUAAGAAAUCUCAAAACAACGUUGGUAUCGUAGGCGAUACUAAAAUAAUCAAUGUCAGUCCUAAGGAAUCACCGAAGGUUUCACCGAACGAUUCAACGUCCAAACGAUCCUCGCCAGAUCUUGCCAAAUCGAAACAGGAACCACCGGAAGCAAUGGUUUAUUUAGACGCCAGAUCCCAAUGUGGCUCGACUCAAGGUAGUACGUCAGACGACACAGGUAGUUCCAUGUCAACGGUGGUCGAUAGAUUCUCGAGUUCCGAUCGAGUAUCAACGAUCUCGACGACGUCUACGGCUUCGACAGGAUCAGAGCAGCAACAGCAACAGCAACAACAACAACAACUACUACAACACCAACACCAACACCAACAACCGCAACAACAACAACAACAACAGAAACAACAAUCGAUCAUAUGUUCCUUCGAACAAUUGGAACGCGAAUUGUCAUCGAGCCAUCCACCCGAUUAUUUGUUACGUCGACUUGCCAGUUCGGAAGCGGUUACCCACGUUGAAUCACGUGGUGAGGUUGAAAGGAUAACAGCUGUUGUAGCACCCAAUACCGUGUUAAUAGAAGAAACGAUAGCCUUACAACCACCUUUGAGCUUUCAAGAUGCCCCAUUGAGUUACGGACACGAAUCGAUACCCGAUUUGUUUUACGCGGCUGAUUUGGCGGCUGAUUCGACGACGCAUUUCCGACCUAUCAAGGACGACGCAGAUAUGGUCGAACAAGUGGUGAACGAGGACGAAGGAGAUUUAGAAGAGGAGAAGGAACAACAGCAGCAACAUUUGCCACGUCCUAUCCCAAGAGAAAAAACACCGCCUCCUUUACCAGCGAGAAACCACGUUAACAGGAUCAACGUGAUCAAUCAACGAACGAUAACGAUUAAUAACCUUGAACCGUCUAUCGUCAAUCUCGUCGAUAAUAACGAUUUAAGGAACGAUUUACCUGUACUGCCACCAAAACCAUUGCCACGAAAGGAUGUCAAAGGUAGAAGGAAGAGACCACCACCUCCGCCACCACCCCUACCACCACCACCACCCCCUAUACCCAGAAGAGAAGUUUCUUGUCCUAUCGUUAACGAGCCGAAGAAACAAUUAACAGACUCGAUCGAUUCUUCUUCGUACGAAUCCGAUCAACAAUUUCAUUUCGAUGAUUUCAAUGAUCAUCACGAAGGUACGAAUAAAGUUUUAGAGAUCAUUGAGAUUAGAAAGGCAAGGGCAUUCUCGCCUAACAAAGAUAUCGUUAGAUCUUACGAAUCCGUUGUAAAGGUUUUAGAUAAUGAUCGAUUUAAUAAUAACGAUCUUGUUACUUCGAUCAUCGAGGAUCCUGCGAAAAAAGAGAUUAAAAAGAUCGAUGAGCAGGUGGAGGUGGAGAAAGAGAUAGACGAUGACGACGACGACGAUGAGUCUUUCAAGGACGCUGUUUCUUUGAAAAUAAAUGACGCCAUUGUUAACGAUAAUACGAUGAUCUAUCGCGAAAGCGAAGACGACGAAACUUAUAGAUCAUUGGAUGAGGUUAACGAUGAUCUAAGAAAAAACAGCGUAGAUCGCGUCAUAACCGACGACGACGAUCCAGAGAUCGUACAAGACGACGAAAGUACCGACGACAGCGACGACGGUGAUUACUAUUGGCAAUCUAAUCUUGCUACUAUCGGCGAGGAAGAGGAAACUAAUUCUUUGGAAUAUGUUUCUCUAGAGAAAAAAAUAGAAGAUGAGGGCAAAGAGAGCAAGGACGUAAGGAGAUCGAACGAGAUAAAAAUUGAUGACCUCGAAAACGAACGAGAUGAAACGAGUUGCCUGAAUAGAAUCGAAGACUUCCGCGGGUCGGAGGAUACUAAAACGAACAAAGAUUCGGUAAAUGAUAGAAUGGACAAUUGUGGAGGCGGUCAACGGCUGCCCCCAGAUGGGGACGAGUUUCCUGCAGCAUAUCAAGAAUUUGCCAACGAUAACGCAACCCAACACGAAUACCGAUUUCCAACAAACUCCUCGACAACUACUAUAACGAGCACGACCACCUCCUCAAUGGCGACUACAACGACUAUGAAUAACAACAACAACAAUAGCAGCAUCAACAACAACAAUAAUAAUAACAACAACAACAAUAAUAAUAAUAAUAAUAACAAUAAUACAGACAACAAUAGCUUUCGUUUGUACGAGAACGAUAAAAAAUCAUUCGCCGUGAAAGAUAAUUUCAAGGUGCUCGCGAACGACAGCAACAACGUUGUCGGUUCGAGGAGCGAAAAGAAUUAUUUUGACUCGGCAUUGGAUGAAAAAUCUGGAAAUAAAAAUUUCUCAAACUCGAUCGGUCACAACAGCCAAUCCGAAAUUAACAGCUCACCGAUUACAAACGGAGAGACCAUAUUAGUUUCGGAAAAGAAAAUCGAGAUAGCUGCUUAUUAUCACAAAGAUGUACCAACGAUUGAGACAGAGAUCAAAAUUCGAGCUGACGAAAUUUCUAACGAAGUUCCGCCACCAUUACCAUUAACAGGUCCGCCUAAAUUGGAACAAUCGAAUUUACCUGUGAGGAACAUCGAUCAAUCAUCGUCCAAGAAAUUCUCGUUGAACGUCGAUCCUUGGAGACAAGACGACAAAUCGGAACGAUCGGUCAGAGACAAGAUCGCAAUGUUCUCGUCGCAAAGUAGCUUGGAUGCACCUUUGUUUCCUAACGCCGUAAACGUGUCAACUGUGACCGGAAACGUUAGAAAAUUAUCGAAAUACAAAUCGAGCGAGGAUGUUUGUUCCGACGACAAAUGUCUUAAUCAAAAGGAAAGAAGUUCGUUUUUUUCAGACAGAACUCAAAGUUCCUUCGACUUGACCGAUUCGGUUAAAAGUUAUUCUCAAGAGAGUUCGCCCAGUAAGAGAUACCCGAGUAGUUCGAAAAUGGCACCGACAACGCCACCACCUGUACCUCAAAAACCAACGAUAACGGCGACUAUCAAUGAUACAAAAAAUUAUGUGACAUCGUUGACGAAUAAAUCUUAUUCCCCGUCCGCCGUUACGAUCACGUCGCCAGACAACAUUCAAAGUACAACGAAAUUAUACUCCUCGUUGUUGAACAAUCCGACGACUAGUCCAACGAAAACAACGUCAACAACGCCAGUUUUAACGCGUGCGACGAGUUUCUCUGGAUCAAGUUCGUUUGCUCAAGAACGUACAUCAGGAAACAACAACGAUGUGCCUAACGGUAAUAAUCAAGUGUCCAGAACGAAUUCGUUGGUUUCUACUUUUAGAAGAAACAGCGAGGAUAUGAGAAGAACUAGCUUGAAUCAGCUGAUCGAACAGAGAAGACGAUCGAUCUCGAAGUUACGUGGUUUGGUGAUUCCUGAGAAGGAGACUGUACCUAUCGAACAGCCUAUCGUUGAUUUGCCAGAGAUCAAGUCACGUAACUCUAUACUACUCAGUCAGUUACCUAAAGCAAACAUACAGGACAAAUGGGGAUCGCAAAGUUCGAUAGCAAGUAAUACAAGUUCGGCGAGUGUCCCGUUGAAAGCUACAACGUCUUUCAAGAUGCCAGCUCCUCAGAUAAACUCGAAAUAUUCGCCAGCUUUUAAAAGGAAGAGUCUGACGGUAUACGGUUCCUCCAGUAAUACGAUAAAUUCUUCUGCAUACAUGACAAAGAAUUCUCACGGUAGUAAUACAAGUAGCAAUACGAGUAAUACCUUGUCAGAACCACCUAAAAGUUUAGAAAGUAUAUGUAGUCCGACGAGGAGCGAUUACAGUUUUGAAUUCGUAUCGGCGAGCAAUUCUCCAGACGUUUUACGUGGCAGGCAGAGAAUGAAUGCGCCGAGAAAGACGCGUAACGAUUACGAUGACUCUGACAAUGACUCGGCAGUGAGUAGUUCUCAGAGUAGUAUAUCACGUGGUUUCAGUCCACCCAUGUCACCUGUCCCAUCGGAGAGAUCAACUGUUUCGUCGGAAAGAUCUUACGUGUCGACCGAGAUGAAUUAUCAACGUCGAUCUUUCAUCAUAGACACCUCGAACAAGGCUUUCGUAAAGACUGAAAAUGAAUCGAUAAGUAAUACCGAACAAUAUAACGCUAGACCUAACAUUCUAAAUAACGAAAGGACAUACGUUUCGUCGGAAAGAUCAUCAUCGUCUAGCAGUAGUAGUACCAGUUCUGAUCCACGUUCGCCUCAGCCGAUAGACGCAACAAGGAAUUCGCAAAUUCCUCAAAGGCAAACCUUGAGAAGAUCAAACAGUAACGAAACAAAUUGCAGUACCUCGUCGACUUUGACAUCGGGCUCGCAGGCUAGUGCGGAGUCAUUAUCAAGAAGAGUACUCAAGCCACAGAGCGUUGAGGCAAUAAACAGGAAGAAUAUAUUGGCUAGCGCAAGAUGUCGAAGUGGUAGAGACUUGAACGGUUCUCCAUUAAUCCAAAGAAAGUUCUCCGACGAAGAGGACACGCAUCCUGAGAAUAGUGGUACCGUUAGAAGAAAGAAUAAUUCUAACAAUAAUGGUGUCCCCAAACAGGAUAUCAAGAUAGCUUACAUCGAAGUUACUGAUUCCUUCUUAGAGGAAGAUGAUCAGUUACAAAGGAAGAUCGAAGAACCUAAAUUACCUCCUAAAAGAACCAUCAUCACGCCAGCUGUGAGACCACCGAAAUCAGAGAUGUUGGAACCUUCAAACGACUUGAAGAAAUGGGUUAGAGCUGAAGCAAAAGCUUUGGCUAGGUCGGCAGAAGAAAAGUUAGCUAAUACGAUGGAAAAAGAUAAUCCAGUGAGCUUGAAAAGUCAAACUGUAUCCCGUGGUAACAACGAACAGUACAAUUCGAACGACUUAGGCCUGAAAAAUAGGUCUGUCCAAAAGGAAACCGAAGAUAUUUCACAAGAAACUAUGAAACAAAGAUGUAAGGUCAGUUCUCCGAUAAAAAAGACACAGGAAGAUCAGAACGAUCUCUUGACUAUCCUAACAACGAGAAGUAGAUCAAGAUCAGCGAUACACGUGGACGAUGGUAGUUUUGGCAGAUCAAAAAGUCAAAUGAGCUUGGAGGAUAUACUAAGUGCAAAGGUAGAAACUCCAUGUCCAAAAUUGUUACGAACGCAAAGUAUCGAAGGUAGAACGGAGAAUGGUAGUGGUUUAUCCUUCCACAGACCUAGUCCAGAAUCAAGGGACGGUAAUCGUUUUACCAAGAAGACGCCAACUCAUUCUAAUGAUUCUUGGCGAGAGGAUAAACCAUUCGUCUCGAAGAUACCAACGUUAGGUAGAUCGAGAAUCUUAGAUAACAACGACGAAACGGACAUAAUAGAGAAAUCGAAGAGCAAUGCGUCAAAGAUCCCAACAGCUAGGAAUUUAGGUAGACGUAGCGUCAGUGUAACCGACAUGAAGAAGGCUUUGGAUAAGAUAGAUGCAACCACCAAUGGUCAGAAUCAGCAACAAGUAACAUCAGCUUCGUCUCACAAUCGAUUUCCAAGUUUGGAUAGUAGCAUUGACGAGAACGUGUCAUCUAUUGGAACAGAAACGGACAACGAAAGAUUUUGUGGCGAACAGUUCGGUAGUAUAAGUUCAUUGGCUAGCAGUACUAGCUUGAUUUCACAACAAGAAUUAGCUCAGCUCGUCGAAGAAGCUAGCCUAGAGGAAGCUCGUUGUGCUCAUGACGUGAUAGUAGUCUUACUUCACAAAGAAAAUCCUACAGGAAGUGUUGGGAUAACUUUGGCAGGUGGAGCUGAUUGCGAAGUCAAAGAGAUUACCGUUCAUCGUGUGUUAGCUCAUUCCAUUGCCGACAAGGACGGUCGUGUUCAAAGAGGAGACAGAAUACUUAGUAUAAAUGGUAGGAGUACACGUGGUCUCACGCAUAGAGAGAGCCUAACUGUUUUGAAGCAACCAAGAUCAGAAGUUGUCUUGGUUGUAUCUAGGGCGAGAAUCGAAGAAGGAUGUAAAUUGAGAUCAAGGACUGCCAGUGUCGAAACUAUUGUUGAAGGAUUCGAAAUAAAUACGGUAGAAGAUACUGCUUGGGGUCCACCAUCAAUGGUCGCAGUUUACAAAGAUGGAGCUGGCCUUGGAUUCAGUUUAGAGGGAGGACGAGAUAGUCCUCUAGGAGACAGGCCCUUGGUAAUAAAGAAAAUAUUUACUGGAGGUGCUGCUGAAAAAACAGGUGCCUUAAAGGCAGGGGACCAAUUACUAGAAGUAAACGGUAGUGACGUUACAAGAAUGUCGAGGAUAGAAGCUUGGUCUCUGAUGAAAAAAUUACACGACGGUGAAGUGAACCUCCUAGUCAGGCACCCUGCCACCAAGUCCUCGUGAACCAUAGUAAAUUAUAAUGGACUUCCCUAGUUUUCACAUCAUGGGAUUCAGUUAUCAAGAAAUUAUCAAUUUCUAAGAUCAGAGUUAUCUCGAUUGUCGACGAGAGAAUCGAUACACACGAAUAAAAAGAAAAAUUAUAUAUGUAUAUGUAUACGUACAUCUAUAUACAUAUAUACAUACAUAUAUAUAUAUAAUCUAUCUUGUUUGUUUUUGAGGUUAUGCCAUGUACGAGAAAGUACAAUAUUUGCUAAAAUAAUCGACAAAAGGAAUGCAUUUACUUACUUGAACUUUCGAUACAUAACCUUAAAAAAUUAGUGCUGACUCAGUGCAAUAAUACUAUCGACGUUAAAUAGUUCGUAUAGUUGAAUCCUAAAUCCUCGCUAAUUAAGUCAUAUUUACCGCCGUAGUUAAACAUUUAACUGCGUAAUGCGUAAAUAAUACUGAAUAUUUCAUAAUAGUUUUUUCCCUCGUCCCCUACCCCUCACCCUCCUUAGAGGCUCUCUUUUUACCAGAAUAUAUAUACAAUCUAUAAAGAGAUUAAACAGCUUAAUAGUUUCUCCAAUGAGUAUAUAUAACGCAGUGCAUCACGGAUUUGCAUAAUUAUUAAUUAAUAAAAUAUGUUAUAAGAUUUUGUUAACCUAAAAAAAUUAUUAUUAUUAUUAUUAUUAUUAUUAUUAUUAUUAUUAUUAUUAUUAUUGAUUUAUCAUGUUACGUUGCUUCUUGAUACAAAACAUUCUUCGUUUCUUCGUCUAAAUGUGUAAAAAAUUAUUAAAAAUUUACUUAUAUCGAUUAUGUUAUAAACCCUUUAUUGCUAUGGAUAUGCUUAUAUAAACAAAAAAAAAACAUAAAAAAAAAGAACAAAAAAAUAUAAUUUAUAAAAUUUUGGCAUCUUUUCUAAUUUUCAUUGUUAGGCAUAUUUGUAAAUAAAAAAUGAAAGAGAAAUAAUCAUGAAAAAAUAUAAAGAAUGAAGCAAUAUUUAACAAAGUGACAUAGAUAAUAUAAAGAUGUUGUGUGUUAACAUAAGGAAAAUAUAUUAAUAUUGGAUUAUAUUUAAAUUUCAGAUAGUGUUCCAGGGAUCUGUGUGAGUUUGUAAAAAAUUGUACUGUGAUAUGUAUGCGUGACGUUAUUUAAUAAGAUAAAUUAACAAAAGAAGAAAAAAAGAAAAGAAAAGAAAGAAAAGUCAAGUAUAAGAUAAACUAUAAUUAUUUUUUUGCUCUAAUCGGAUAUCGAUUACAAUAUACGAUUUACGGUUAACUUCUGCAUAAAGUUGGUAUUGUCUAAUCCUGAUAACAAUUACAAUUAUCAAAUAAUUUCUACAUACAUAUCUAAAUACAGCAAUUUAUAAACAAAACCCAUGUCUCAGUGUAUUUUCUAAUAUAAAACGAAAAAGAAAAAAGAUGAAAAAAAAAAUAAGAAAUAAAAGAGAUGGGUGAAGAUCAAACUUUUUGUAUACAUUCGUAUAAUCGACAUAAAGUAAAAGGGAUUUUGUAAUAUUUUUCUACAAGCUUAGAUCUUGUAAAAAUAAUAUUAUUUCAUAGCGCUAAAAUCAACUGAUAACAUUUUUCUUAUCAAACGGUGUGUCAUAAAUAAAUAAAUAAAUCAAUAUAUUUUGAUAAAAAUUA